UGGAUUCGGCCCAAUGAGAGCCGUCGGGGGGCGGGCCACUGCCGGGCGAAGGGGUCCGGGUUGCAGGCCGCGGUCCCGGCCGUGCAGGGCUCCGGCGAGGCAGCAGGGAUGAGCGGGUCCCUGGGCCGCGCGGCGGCGGGUUUGCUCCGCUGGGGGCGCAGCGCGGGCAGCCUUGGCCGGUGGGGCCCAGGCGUGCGGACCGCGGGCUCGGACUCGGGCUCGAGCUCGGGCUCGGGCGGCUUGGCGGAGCAACUGGACACGAUGGUGAAGAGGGACAAGGUGGUGGUCUUCCUCAAGGGGACCCCGGAGCAGCCCCAGUGCGGCUUCAGCAACGCCGUGGUGCAGAUCCUGCGGCUGCACGGCGUCCGCGACUACGCGGCCUACAACGUGCUGGACGACCCUCAGCUCCGGCAAGGCAUCAAGGACUACUCCAACUGGCCCACCAUCCCGCAGGUGUUCCUCAACGGCGAGUUUGUGGGGGGCUGCGAUAUCCUCCUGCAGAUGCACCAGAACGGGGACCUGGUGGAAGAGCUGAAGAAGCUGGGGAUCCACUCUGCUCUGCUGGACGAGAAGCAGGACCAGGACUCGAAAUGAGGCGGCAGCAGUGGCGGUGGAGGCGGGCUGUCCCGGUGGACUCACCGCCGCAGGGAGGGCCUGACCCAGAGGGGGCCCCCCUGGGCGGCGCCCGCGGGCUCACACGCACCCCUCCUCCUCCCGGCCGGGCUUAGCUCGGGGACUCGGGGCCUGGGGCUCGGAGGUCAGCACAGCCGUCCUGGGCCCCACUGUCCACUCGGCCUCUCCUGCCGCCCUCGGCCCCAUCAUGCGUCCAGCUGGGCCUGGCCCGCAGAGCUGACCCAGCUCCCCGAUCGCCCCCUCCCCCCCCAAUUUUUGUAUCUUGUUCUAUGAAGAAAAGUGGUGGACAAGACAACGUGGUCACCGGGCUGUGGUUUUUAAAAUAAAACGCCAACAUGGG